AUGUCUCAACCAACUACUAACACCGCCACCGCUUCCCUCACGGCCGAGUACGCUUCCCCCGCCAACGACGCCUUCACCGUCGCCACCGCGCUACCUUCUACCGACACCAACAAGACGAGCUACCUCGCGGUGCUGCGGGCUGCCGUCGUCGAUGCGCAGGCUACCAUAAACAAGGAGCUCACGGCGCGCAUGGAUGAGGACAAGGCGCGGGACGCGGGGGCUGCCGCCGUCGACGACGCCAAGGAGGAGGAGAAUUACGGCGAGGAGGUGCAGGAAGAGGAGGAUUGA